UCAUGGCGGCUCCCUUGGCCCUGGUGCUGGUGGUGGCCGUGACCGUGCGGGCGGCGUUGUUCCGUUCCAGCCUGGCCGAGUUCAUCUCCGAGCGGGUGGAGGUGGUAUCCCCACUCAGCUCUUGGAAAAGAGUGGUCGAAGGCCUCGCACUGCUGGACUUAGGUGUGUCUCCAUAUUCUGGAGCAGUAUUUCAUGAAACUCCGUUAAUAAUAUACCUCUUUCAUUUCCUGAUUGAUUAUGCUGAAUUGGUAUUUAUGAUAACUGAUGCACUCACUGCCAUUGCCCUGUAUUUUGCAAUCCAGGACUUCAAUAAAGUUGUGUUUAAAAAGCAAAAGCUCCUCCUCGAGCUUGAUCAGUAUGCCCCAGAUGUGGCCGAACUCAUCCGAACCCCCAUGGAAAUGCGCUACAUCCCUUUGAAAGUUGCCCUGUUUUAUCUCCUAAAUCCCUACACCAUCUUGUCUUGUGUUGCCAAGUCUACCUGCGCCAUCAACAAUACCCUCAUUGCUUUCUUCAUUUUGGCUACCAUAAAAGGUAGUGCUUUCCUCAGUGCUAUUUUUCUUGCCUUAGCAACAUACCAGUCUCUGUACCCACUCACCCUGUUUAUCCCAGCACUCCUCUAUCUCCUCCAGCGGCAGUACAUAUCUGUAAAAGUGAAGAGCAAAGCCUUCUGGAUCUUCUCUUGGGAGUACGCUAUGAUGUACAUGGGAAGUCUAGUGGUCAUUAUUUGCCUCUCCUUCUUCCUUCUCAGCUCCUGGGAUUUCAUCCCUGCUGUGUAUGGCUUCAUACUUUCUGUUCCAGAUCUCACUCCAAAUAUUGGUCUUUUCUGGUACUUCUUUGCAGAGAUGUUUGAACACUUCAGCCUCUUCUUUGUAUGCGUCUUUCAGAUCAACAUCUUCUUCUACACCAUCCCCUUAGCCAUCAAACUAAAGGAGCACCCUAUCUUCUUCAUGUUCAUCCAGAUUGCCAUCAUCUCCAUCUUCAAGUCCUACCCGACAGUGGGGGACGUGGCCCUCUACAUGGCCUUCUUCCCUGUGUGGAAUCAUCUCUACAGAUUCCUGCGGAAUGUCUUUGUCCUCACCUGCAUCAUCAUCAUCUGCUCACUGCUUUUCCCCGUCCUGUGGCACCUCUGGAUUUACGCAGGAAGUGCCAACUCAAAUUUCUUCUAUGCCAUCACCCUGACCUUCAACGUGGGGCAGAUCCUGCUCAUCUCCGACUACUUCUAUGCCUUCCUGCGGCGAGAGUACUACCUCACUCACGGCCUCCACCUCACUGCCAAGGACGGAGCUGAGGCCAUGCUUGUGCUCAAGUAGGCCUGGGAGGCGCAGGCUUGCACAGACUUUUGGGAGUUGCGCUCUUUGGCCAGAGUUGCCAGCAGGUUCAAGUCCAGGGUCCUGAGUUUCUGACACCAGAGGGGAGUCAUGGCUGGCAGCAAGGCCUGUGGGAGCAGCCAGGAGCCCCCUGUUUUAGGCCGCCUGUGUGGCCCUGCAGACUGAAGAAUCCUUGCUAGACUGAUGGCAGGAAGCAGGGCCUGGAAGGCUGUGGCUACUUAAUAAAUGUUUUUGUUAUG